CUGCAACUCAUAUGCUGUCUGCAAUCUUUUUCUUCUUGGGUUCUAUCCUGCAAAGGACUAGAUGAAAAUUAAUGGUUUCAAUCUCUGCAACUCAAUGCGACAUGCAAUCUUUUUCUUCUUGUGUUCUAUCCUGUGCUGCUCUGCUAGAGAUACCAUCACACCAGACAAUUUGCUUAUUGAUGAUGGUAGAGGAACUCUUGUUUCAGCCAAUCAAACUUUUGAAUUGGGCUUCUUUAUUCCCAAGGGAGGGUUCAACAAUGGAAAAUACAUUGGCAUAUGGUACUACGGGUUGAAGGAGAGAACAGUUGUAUGGGUAGCCAAUAGAGACAACCCCCUUCCUGACGACAGUGUUGGAGCUCUUGCCAUUGCAGAUGACGGUAACCUCAAGCUAGUGAAUGAAAGUGGAGCAGCUUACUGGUUUACUAAUCUUGGAAGCUCAUCUUCCAUGGGUAGGGUGGCCAAGGUCAUGGAUUCUGGGAACUUUGUUUUAAGGGACAACAGAUCUGGGAAGAUUCUUUGGGAGAGUUUCAAGAACCCAACUGAUACUUUUCUUCCUGGGAUGAUUAUGGAGGGAAACUUAACAUUGACUUCAUGGGUAAGCCCCGUUGACCCUGCACCUGGAAGCUAUACUUUCAAGCAAGAUGAUGAUAAAGAUCAGUAUAUCAUAUUUGAAGAAUCAAUUGUUAAAUAUUGGAGAAGUGAGGAAUCAGAAGGAAUGAGUUCUGCAGCAGCCGAGCUCUUAUCCAAUUUUAGCAAGACCCGAAAACCAACUGGGUCUCAAUUUGUCCGCAGUUCUUAUACACGGUUGGUGAUGAAUUUCACCGGGGAAAUACGAUAUCUAGUUUGGGAUAAUUAUACGGAGGAGUGGUCUGCAUUCUGGUGGGCGCCGCAAGACCGAUGCAGUGUGUUGAAUGCUUGUGGGAAUUUCGGUUCUUGCAAUGUUAACAAUGCAUUUAUGUGCAAAUGUUUGCCUGGAUUCGAGCCUAACUCGCUGGAGAGAUGGACUAAUGGAGAUUUUUCAGGUGGGUGUUCUAAAAAGACAACCCUCUGUGGGGACACAUUCUUGAUCUUGAAGAUGAUUAAAGUAAGAAAGUAUGACAUUGAGCUUUCGGGUAAGGAUGAAAGUGAAUGCCGAAGAGAGUGCCUUAAGACCUGUCGCUGUCAAGCUUAUGCUGGAGUUGGAACGAUACAAAGGGGCCGUGCUAGCACCCCUCCCAAGUGCUGGAUUUGGUCUGAAGAUCUCGGUAGUCUUCAGGAGUAUAACACAGAUGGCUAUAAUCUUUCUCUCCGUGUCGCCAAAUCAGAUAUAGAAUCAACAGUAAGAAAUUGUGAAACUUGUGGCACAAACUUGAUCCCCUAUCCACUAAGCACUGGACCAAACUGUGGUGAUCCCAUGUACUUCAGUUUCAGAUGUGACAAGGCCACAGACCAAGUCUGGUUCGCCUUAUCUAAUGGCAGCUACCGAGUAACCAGCAUCACUCCAGAGAGAUCGAAGUUUCUCAUCCAAGUGAAUGAUAUUGAUAACUGCGAAGCACGAAAUUCACAAGACACGCAGAUACUGCAGCUCAAUCCACCUUUCAGAAUAGCUAGCUGGUGCAAUGCUGACACAGGAAAUUCUAGCUCCAGCAUGCCUAUGAAAGGUCAGUAUGAAAUUGAAAUAAGUUGGGAUCCACCACCAGAGCCCGUUUGUAACUCAACAACAGACUGCAAGGACUGGCCAAAUUCGAGUUGCAGAACGCAAAAUAGAAAGAGAAGGUGCUUUUGUAAUCAAAACUUCAAAUGGAACAGCUCCAGUUUAAAUUGUACACAAGAUGGUGGCAAUCUUGCGGAGGCUCCAACACGUGCAAACCAGAAGUCAUCAUCAUCAUCCUCGGCUCUGGUAGUUGUGGUAGGCAUAGUAACUGCUGUUGUAGUAGUUGCACUUCUAUGCAUCAUUGGUUGUAUUGCUUAUUUUCGAAAAAGAACCAUCUCCAAAAGGCAAGAAAACAGAACAAAUCCAGGGCUUCACUUGUAUCAUAGCGAGAGCCGUGUGAAAGACUUAAUAGACUCUGAGCAAUUCAAAGAAGAUGAUAAGAAAGGCAUUGACGUACCAUUUUUCGACUUAGAAGACAUACUGGCUGCUACAGAUCACUUUUCAGAUGCAAAUAAGCUUGGACAGGGGGGCUUUGGGCCAGUUUACAAAGGAAAGUUUCCUGAAGGGCGAGAAAUUGCAGUAAAGAGACUCUCAAGAGCUUCGGGACAAGGCUUACAGGAAUUUAAGAACGAGGUUGUGUUAAUUGCCAAACUUCAGCAUCGAAAUUUGGUUAGACUUUUGGGCUAUUGUAUUGAAGGAGAUGAGAAGAUUUUACUCUAUGAAUACAUGCCCAACAAAAGCUUAGACUCCUUCAUAUUUGAUCAAACUCUAUGCCUGUUACUGAACUGGGAGAAGCGAUUUGAUAUCAUUUUGGGAAUUGCUCGAGGGCUGCUUUAUCUUCACCAAGAUUCAAGAUUGAAGAUUAUCCAUAGAGACUUGAAAACAAGCAACAUUCUACUUGAUGACGAGAUGAAUCCCAAAAUUUCAGACUUUGGCUUGGCAAGGAUUUUUGAGAGUAAGCAAGUAGAAGCAAGCACAAACAGAGUAGUUGGAACUUAUGGCUAUAUGUCUCCAGAGUAUGCAUUGGAUGGGUUUUUCUCAGAAAAGUCUGAUGUCUUUAGCUUUGGUGUUGUGGUACUUGAGAUCAUCAGCGGGAAGAGGAACACCAGAUCUUAUCAGUCUGACCAGAAUCUGAGCCUUCUAGCCCAUGCAUGGAAGCUGUGGAAGGAAGACAGGGUGUUGGAGUUGAUGGACCAGACACUAAGUGAAACAUGUAAAACAAAUGAAUUUCUGAGGUGCGUGAAUGUAGGGCUGUUGUGUGUGCAAGAAGACCCAAGUGACCGUCCCACCAUGGCAGUUGCAGUUGUAAUGCUCAGCAGUGACACUGCCACACUCCCAGUUCCUAAACAACCAGCUUUUGUCGUAAGGAGAGACCUUUCCAGCUCAGCUUCUUCUUCAAGCAAACCAGAAGCAUCCUUGAAUAGUGAGUUCCUAGCCACCAUAGAAGAAGGUCGAUAGGCGAGGAGGAUCUCCCAUGAACCCUUACGUUUUAGGCCAUGUUCGGUACUUGAUUGUAGGGAAUGAAAAUCAAUGUUCUUAUUCCUCUUAGAAUAGGAGUGAAUUUGGUGCUUCAGUUCUUAUAUUUGUAUGCAUCUAGCAAUAUAAAUUUGAAAUGAGUAUUUGUUGUUAUUUCAA